CGAUAAGCACAUCACGUCAGAAAGGAUAAUAUGACAUGGCCCAGCAUACAUCCACGCUCAGUAAACCUCUGCCACUCUACCAUCCAGACUCAUAAUCCAUACAGCACUACCUUCACAACGAGCCAUUUACUCUUUUCAAGUCUUCGUCAACCCUACCGUCUGCGCAUAUACUCGCCCAAAACUCGCAAGACCCUGAUCGCCUAACAUUGCCUUAGCUCCGAGACGCGGAACCUCACUCUACCUUUCCGGCCUCACAUAUCCGCAUACAUCUCAUCGACGUCCUUUAUCUCGUGACAAUCAUACGGAAUUCAGUCUAGCAUCCACUUCGAUCUAUUUGGUGGCACUCAUCGCCUCCGGGUUAUUCUCGCUUUGCAUCUCAUUGGAUUCAAUCCUUCUCUAACAGCGCCUUCGGAAGCUUUGGCCGAAAUCAGCCACUCGACCCCACCCACACCCUUCAAACGCGUUCCCUCAGCAUGAUGCUUGACGGUUUGUCCCAGUCCUCUUCUGUCUCAGAAGGAGGUUCUGACAGAUAUAUUGACGGCCUCGACUCCGAAGCAGAAGACGUCGAGACUGGAGACAGCAGUCCUUCCUCCAGCCGCGCUAGCGUAGUAGCUGAGAACGAGUACAGCCCAUGCGAGGCAACUGGUUCCGGUUCUGCCCUUCUGGAAGAGUCACUUCAAAGCGUACAGCAACAGCAACAUCAGGCGGAUGAUGUCUCGCCUGUCACAUCGCCUGCUUCCUCUGGCUUCUCCUCGAGUGCCCGCACAGUCGAUACUUCCUUGAGCCUCCACGAGGGAAUUGCUCAGAGCUUCACGCCCAAGGAUAGGCAGAGCAAGGCGGCUUCUCCAUCGCCGCCUCGACGCCCAAGAAAGUCUUCUGCCUCUGCCUCACUGGCACAUGCUCGUGCUCUUCUGGAGCAUCAGGCUGCCUCGCUCCUCUCUGCUGCAAGGAGGAUGAGAGAAGAGGAGGAAACAUUUGAUCAAUUUGAACGCGCACAGCAGCUUGUCGUCGAAACGCUCAAGGCGGGAGGAAAGCUGGUCUGGACAGGUGUAGGGAAGAGUGGUAUCAUUGCCAACAAGCUCUCAUCGACAUCACUAUCGCUUGGGCUACCUUCAGCUUACCUCGACCCGCUCGCAGCGCUUCAUGGCGAUUUGGGACGACUGAAUGGCUCUCCUUCCAACUCCAAUCUCGUCGCUUCUACCUCGGCCAAGUCUCAGCUUCCCGCACCUCCCAACGAUGUAUUGGUCGCCCUCUCUCACUCCGGCUCCUCGCCCGAGCUCCUAGGUCUCUUGCCUCACGUCGAGCUGCGAGGUGUCAAGGUCAUUGCACUGACUGCUCAGAGGGACAGUGCACUAGGGAAGGCGGCCCUUCAAGGCGGCGGUAGCUGGAUCGAUUGCCGCACCGCUGGUCGAGGAGGUGAGCAACAGGAGCUGCCUCAGGACUUCUCAUUGUCCGAGGACGAAGAUGAAUCGGAAUCCCGGUCGCGCUCACCUAGGCGAUGUGGCAACGCUGCCUGCCAGCACCGAGACGGGGCGUCAUGCUGCUCGACUUCGGCCCUCUUCUGCUCGUCGCUAGCUUCGGCCCUCACUGCUGGCACGGAUGAAGCAGAUGCCGAUCUACCAGCCCCCACGAGCUCGACUACCACGGCUCUCGCCAUGGGAGACUCCUUGGUGCUGAGCUGUGCAAAGAUGCUCGGCUUGGGAACCACGGCAGAAUUCGGCAAGAAUCACCCUGGUGGCGCAUUGGGUCAGAGGAUGAUGGCAGAGAUGAAGAUCAGCCAGAAGGCUGCUUCCAAGGAGGAGUCAGAGAAGGAGACCGAGCGGGCAUCGGUCUAAAGCAAAGCAAGGUUGCCAGACCCUUGGAGGGGGAAGGCUGCGAGCUCUGGCUCUGGCUUGCUUGGCCAGAGCGCAAAGAAAAAUCAGCACCACUAUUGACUCUAUACUACCACUGCACACUCGUCGCCGCAUCAUAUGUACCCAGGGAAUUGUCGUUUUGCACAAACCCUCUCCAUUGCAAAGUCUCGCCUCAGCAUCUUCCCGCUUUGUAUCUGCCAGCCAUUGCAAGCUCUCUGUUAAGUCCCUGGUUUCCCCCGCUUGUUCUGUCCGGUCCACUCUAGAUUGUCAAAUAUGAAUUCUCUUGCAUGCUCGUGGCUUAUUGCUCGUUGCUCAUGAUUG